CAGUGUGCUAAAUCAAUGGCUACAGUGGUGUUAAUAACUGAGGGUCUCUGCUCUGAUGAGCCACCUUCAGAAAUUAGGACUUCCUCCUUUUUUGCAUCUUCUGAAAUACAUAACACUGACCGUACAAUACUCCAUGGAGAGCAAAGCAAAGAGUUAGGCAGCCAGCCUAUUUUAGCCAAAGAAGGAAAAGGAAAGGACUGCUUGGCUCUUCUAGAUGUGAAAACGAUGGAAAAGCCUCAGGGGACCAGUAAAGAUGGAGCCAACUCCCCAGUUUCUGUUGCAGAAGGAGGUCACUGUAACCAUCCUUCCAUCCCAGCCAGUUUCCCAGAUCGUCCUGCUUUUCUCUCAGAGAAAGUUGUUCAGAUGGAAGAGCAAAUAAAUAAAAAUCAAGAGUCCAAGAACCUAAAUGAGAUACCAAGUAGGGACGACAAAACUGCCUUGGAUGCUGAUGACAAAUUCAUUUUGCUAACUGCCCAGAAACCACCCACUGAGCAGUCUAAGGCAGAAGGCAUUUGUACGAACUCCUUAUCCCCGUGCAAAGUUUCAGGAGGUGGUGUUAUUGAAAAGGACUCCCCUGAAUCACCAUUUGAAGUAAUUAUUGACAAAGCAGCAUUUGACAAAGAAUUUAAAGAUGCAUAUAAGGAGAGCGCAAAUGAUUUUGAUAGUUGGGCAAUGCACACCGAUAGAGAAUCAUCUGCAGACAUUUCAGAGUCUAAUGACAAAGUAUUUCCACUAAGAAAUAAAGAGGCAGGGUGUUACCCAACCUCUGCAUUGCUCACUAGACAGUUUUCACACACAACUGCAGCAUUGGAAGAGGUGUCUAGAUGUGUGAGUGAUAUGCAUAACUUCACUAAUGAGAUACUGACUUGGGAUUUGGUUCCCCAAGUGAAACAGCAGAGUGAUAAAUCUGACUAUGUCACCAGAACUACAGGACUUGACAUGAGUGAAUAUAAUUCAAAAAUUCCAGUUAUAAAUCUUAAAACUAACACGCAUCAGAAAACUUCUGUGUGUUCUAUUAAUGGGAGCACUCCCAUCAGUAAAUCAACAGGUGACGGGGCAGAAUCAUCUCUCUCACAAGAAAAUGCUGUCAUUAGAAAGCCUGUACCGGGCUGUCUCAAUUCCAUGGCAGACGUCAGUAGUAAAGGUGUGCGAGGCAAUGUGCAGAAACAAGACGACACACUUUCAGCGUUACCUGUGUCUCCGUUUGAGAAAUGUGUCUCUUUGGGUUCUGGAGGGGCCACAGUGAAAGUGCUUUUACCCGAUGGCCCCCUGAAAGGCGAAAUGAACUGGCAGAGCUCUGUGUUGGGAGAAGGGACAGAGGCUGAUAGUUCUGGUGAGUCUGAUGACACAGUAAUAGAAGACAUCACAGCUGAUGUUUCAUUUGAAAGUAGCAAAAUUCAGACUGGAAAACCUGUCUCCACUUCAAGUGCUAUUGUAAAAGCAGAUGAAAGAGAAGUCAAAGAAAUUCUCAAUUAUAAUAGGGAAACCAAAACAUCUGAAACCUUUGAAGGGUCUGUCAAUGACUCUGAGCCAAAAGUUCAGCCUGAUUUUCUUAAAAGGAGUCCAGCCAGUAUGGUGGCAUGUUCCCAAGUACAUGAUAUGAUUGUCAUGUCAGGAGAUGUGAAGCGGUCAGACAGAAUGAGUGAAACUACUCCUGCUGAAAAGGUUGUUAUAACUGAGGACCCAAAACUUCCUUCAGCAGCAUCUUCAAAUCAUUUUAAUGAGACUGAAUUCUCACUAAAUGUGACAGCCUCUACCUAUUUGGAGUCAUUACAUGAAAAAAAUAUUACAGAUACAGAUGAUUCUUCCCCAGAGGACCUGAUAGCAGCCUUUACAGAAACCAGGGAGAAAGGAAUAGUAGAUAAAGAUAAAGAUAAAGGAAAUGUAUUUGAAGCAACAUCAGAGAAGACUAUGGAUUUCAGAACAACUCUUCCUGUAGAAGUCUUGCAUGAAAGUGAGUCAGGUGGUUCUGAAAUUAAAGACCCAAAAAGCAAAUACUCUCAACAAAACAAACAAACAAGUGGAAGUGAGCUUUUGGAUGUUUUCCCCACCCACGGUACUUCAGUAGCAUCUCUUGACUGGGAACAGGAACAGCUCACAAUCAGAGCCCUUAAAGAACUGAGUGAAAGGCAGGGUGAGAAGUUACCAGAUAAAAUAGAGUCUCCUUCUGAAGAAAUACUCAAGCAGACUUUCACAUUUGCUCCAGAAUAUUCUCGGCCACAGAGAUCGCACGAUGUCCUAGAACACGCCGAUGUCAAAACUGGAUCUGACCUUGGGAUUUCCGAAAAGCCCACUGUUAUCAAAGAAACUACUAGCAUAGAUUUUAUUUCCAGCCUUAACAAGACUGAACUGGUAAACAAGCAUGUCCUAGCAAGACUUCUGACAGACUUCUCAGUGCACGAUCUGAUCUUCUGGCGAGACGUGAAGAAGACUGGGCUUGUCUUCGGCACCACGCUGAUCGUGCUGCUUUCCCUGGCAGCUUUCAGUGUCAUCAGUGUGGUUUCUUACCUCAUCCUGGCUCUUCUCUCUGUCACCAUCAGCUUCAGGGUCUACAGGUCUGUCAUCCAAGCUGUGCAGAAGUCAGAAGAAGGACAUCCAUUCAAAUCCUACCUGGAUGUAGACAUCACUCUGUCCUCAGAAGCUUUCCAUAACUAUGUGAAUGCUGCCAUGGUGCACGUCAACCGGGCCCUGAAGCUCGUUAUCCGUCUCUUUCUGGUGGAAGAUCUAGUUGACUCCUUGAAGCUGGCUGUCUUCAUGUGGCUGAUGACCUAUGUUGGUGCCGUUUUCAAUGGAAUCACCCUUCUGAUUCUUGCUGAACUGCUCAUUUUCAGUGUUCCAAUUGUCUAUGAGAAGUACAAGACCCAGAUUGAUCACUAUGUUGGCAUCGUGCGUGAUCAGACCAAGUCGAUUGUUGAGAAGAUCCAAGCAAAACUACCUGGAAUCGCAAAGAAAAAGGCAGAAUAAGUACAUGGAAACCAGAAAUGCUACAGUUACUAAAACAUUUAAUAGUUACACUGUCGUUACUUGUACUAUGAAGGAACGUGCUCAGUGUCAGCUUGAGCCUGCAUUCCAAGCUUUUUUGUUUCCAAUGUGGUGUUUCCCCCUCCUUUCCCUUUCCCUGCAGAAUCAAGCACAAGAAUUAUUGGACUAAAAAAUGGACUGAUAUCUUAAAACAUAAAAGAAUAAAGACAGAAUCAAUUGAAUAGGCAAAAUCAAUACCUUAAUGAUGGUGGAGCCUUAAUGGUGAUGUAGCUUGAAAGGGGAAAGAUUGGAGGGUAAAGGAGAAAAAUAUAAAACACCCCUCUUGGGUUCUCUUUAGUUUCCAAAGCUAUGUAAUUUUCUUACAUAGCUGCCCCUCAUAAUUUUCCCUUAUUUUUAAGUUAAGAAAUAAUGGUUAACUUAAGAAAUUAUCUGGGGAUAAGAGUGGGAUUCCUUCCCACGAGCUUGUGGGGUUUUUUGCAGCCCUUGACCCCCUCUUCCUGCCCCACAAUGUGAGCAGCUACUCUUCAUAUUCCUCUUCUUCACUUAUAGAUAGAACUUUCAACUCUGAAUAACUUAUAGGUGAUAGUAAUAAUUCCUGGUUACCAGAAAGCCAGCUGAUAGCCGAGAACGGAAACAGCCGGUGGGAUUGGAGCGGGAGCCUACAGGAGCUCUGCCGCGAGCACCGCUCCCUCCCGCCGACCCUGGAAGGAGCGGCUCCGCCAUUGGGGAAGGUGGUGUGUGGGUCCUUGGACACUAGUUCCAAGCUUUAGUUUGGGAGCGUAUUCCUGAAUGUGCUUUCCUCCCUCUUCCCUACCCACCUCACCUCAAGUUUAAUAAAUAUGGUUGUACUUUUCUUAUUCUGAAACAAAUGUCUGUAACUGCUGUAAACUGCUGUAAACUUGUUAGAGGAAAAAACCUGCAUGUGGGCUCCUCGGUUGUUGAGUUAUUGUGAUCCUAUCUCAGUCCGUGGAGGGGGACAUUCUCCAGAGGCAAACUACAGAAACACAAAGGCUUUUUUUUAUCUUUUCCCUACAGCCUCCCCCUUCACAGGCUACAUCUCUAACCUGUGCUCAGCGUUUUACCCUGAGGGCCACAGCCCGCUGGCUUGGGAGGAGAUGGUGUGUGUCUGUAGUUGAGAACACAGAUGAGUGUAGGGAAGAGCGUUUUGUGGUUCAUAGGCAGUUUGAACAGAGGCUGGCUGCUGGGUGUGAUGUUUUGAGGGUUCCUUUCCUCUUCAGGCGCAUAGAAUGUCCUAGCACCUGUGCCAUGGCCCACAGUGCUCCUUCUGAGAGUGUGUUCCAGGAAGCCAGGUCAGGGCCGCCAGCAGGGUCAGAUGGUGUUGAUGGGCUCUGUGCACAAUUAAAAGACAACAGAACAGCUCACAUGGAAGGGCGAUGGGGGACCUUGGCUUCCCGUUUGAGACUAAAUGUCUUCCUCCCCUUCCAGCAUGAAAAUUCAGUAAACGUGAAAGGCACCAGUGAGUUCCUUCAGGUGUAACUCAUGCUAAUCCAGAGGGAAUGUGCACUGGUGACUUCAAAGUAGGGGCCAUGAUCUUUGAUGGUCCCAAAGCACUGCAGUGUAGAAGGUGGCAGAAGGAAAGUGUCUUUCUACUUUUGGGGGGAAAUUACUUAGGAAUUUAGAUGGGUAAAAGGUGUCCUUGCCUUACUCCAUUCUAUUUCUUAGCCCCCUUUCCUUUUGAAAUUUUCAACUGAUUUCAUGUCAUGGCAUAGAAAAUGCAUUCUCCAGCCCCAUCCUUGGCCUCCCAGGAAGUCAGUGCACUGGUGACCUUUUUGGGCUUCCCCUCCAAAGGACUUUGUCUGCACUGGAAGCCUGCACCCCUAGCUCUUUUGUUCUGUUAGUGCUGUGUUUAGAUAAUUGGGCAGAUCUUUGUGCCACACGGGAGUUUUUUUUUAAAAAGAAAAACCCAUAGAUGAAAAAUUAAUGAAACUGUGCGUGUGUGUGCGUGCAACAUUAAAAUAUAGUAGCACCUAAGGAGCUUGAAUCUUGGUUCCUGUAAAACUUUAAAUUGAUGUGGUAUUAAUAAAAAUUAAAAAGAAAAA